GCCAUUUUAGAUCAUUCGAGCUAGACGCAUGCUCUCGGUUUUGGUCAGAUCAUAAUCUUAGUAGAUGAGUGAAGUAAUCCUGCUGACCUGUUGAAAGGUGCAGGGAUUUUUACGGAUCAACGGCAACUCGGAUAUUCCGACCUCAUACAUGAAGAAGAGCAGUGGACUUCCCCGGGCGCUGAUGUAGACGUAUAGCUUUGCAGUGUUGGCAGUGAACGCAACAGAAUUACGUCGAUGAAAUGGCAGCGUAAUUAUUUAGCUGAAUAUGGGUAUACAUGAGUAUUUUUGGCAAUGCGACUUGGAUAUUCAGACUAUUUAAUAUUGCAUGAUUAUUUAUAGCUCAGUUUGAAAAUGUAAUGGGCAUUUUCACUUUGAAAACGCAAAUAAAAUGUUCUCCCCGCGUACCCCCCUGAACCACUUCGCGUACCCCUGGGGGUAGAUGUACCCCAGUUUGGGAACCCAGGAUCUAGAACAUAAAAGCUCUAAAAGGUAUCUUUCCAAACUUCCUGAAAGGUUAGUUGGUACAAAGAGUACAGCCCAGGUGACCAUAAAAGGUGAACAGUUCAACUGCCUACUUGACACAGGCUCACAAGUGACCACAAUUCCCCAAUCGUUUUAUGAACAACAUUUGUCAGAACAAGAUAUAAAGCCCCUCUAUGACCUCCUAGAGGUUGAGGGUGCAAAUGGACAAGCUGUGCCUUAUUUAGGUUACAUAGAGACCAGCAUCACCUUCCCAAAAGAGUUUCUGGGUAUGUGCAUUGAAGUAUCCACUUUGGCUCUAGUAGUUCCUGAUGUUAGGACCACUUCAGAGUCUUACUUACUGAUAGGAACCAAUACUCUUGAUGUGGUGUAUGACAUUUACCAUGAAGCUAGUCUAACACGUCACCAGCCAGUUCCUAAAGGCUACAGAGCAGUAAUCAAAGUACUACAGCUAAGGCGCCAACAGUCCAACAUCAAUCACCCUUGUGUUAUGAAAUUGCAAGCCAAUAAUCAACAGUCUAUACCAGCUAGGACCACUGUAGUGCUAGAGGGAAUUGUAAUAGCUAAUGACCUUAAUAAUGAGAGGGCUGUUAUCGUAGAACAUCCCUCCCUGUCUUCCUUGCCUGGUGGCCUGCUUAUUAAAAGUUGCUUGGUAGAUUUCCCAAAGCAGUGGCCUUUUAAGCUGCCAGUUUUGGUUGGAAAUCAAUCAGACCAUGACAUUGUCAUUCCAGCGAAGUGUCAGAUUGCCGAAAUCAGUGCUUAUCAAGGUGUCUUGUCACAGGAGCAUAGUGGGGUCAGUUCGCAGGAGACUGAACCGACCCAAAGGUCAAGCGUGAGUUUCAACUUUGGGGAGUCCCCAGUCCCACCAGUGUGGAAAGAUCGCAUCGCUCAGCUCCUUAACGACAUGCCCGAGGUGUUCGCACACCACGAAAUAGAUUUUGGCAGAACAGACAAGGUGACCCACCACAUAAAUUCGGAUGAAACCCCUUUUAAACAGCGUGGACGACCGAUACACCCGCAUGACAGAUAAGUCGUCCGAAAGCACAUUCAAGAGCUUCUUCAAACAGGGGUCAUCAGAGAGUCGGAGUCUCCGUUCUCGUCACCAAUCAUGGUUGUACGUAAGAAAAAUGGUCAGGUUUGAUUGUGCAUUGACUAUAGGAGACUAAAUCUUCAGACCAUAAAGGACGCGUAUGCACUUCCAAAGCUAGAGGACACCUUCAUGGCCCUCACUGGGUCACAGUGGUUUUCCGUCCUUGAUUUAAAAUCGGGUUAUUACCAGAUCGAGGUCGAAGAAGCAGACAAGCCUAAGACGGCUUUUGUGUGUCCCCUCGGCUUCUGGGAGUUCAACCGUAUGCCCCAGGGGGUGACCAACGCGCCAAGCACCUUUCAACGGCUUAUGGAAAGGUGCAUGGGGGAUAUGCACUUGAAGGAGGUACUAGUCUUUCUCGACGACAUAAUUGUGUUCUCCAGAACAUUGGAGGAACAUGAGGCACGGUUAGUGAAGGUACUCACCCGUCUGAGAGAGUUUGGGCUGAAGCUGUCCCCUGAAAAGUGUGUUUUCUUUCAGACAUCUGUGCGUUACUUGGGGCAUAUUGUAUCCCGAAAUGGAGUUGAGACAGAUCCCGAGAAAGUUUCAGCUCUCCGAACAUGGCCAGUCCCUCAGAACCUUCGAGACUUGAGAUCUUUUCUUGGGUUUGCUGGGUAUUACCGGAGGUUUGUCAUGGGCUAUUCCAACAUUGCAAAACCCCUCCAUAAUCUAACUUCUGGUUACCCGCCUUCCAAAAAGGACCUCAGAAAAAGGGACGACACUGUCCAGUACCACAAUCCUAAGGAACCCUUCGGGGGUCGCUGGACACAAGCUUGCCAGCAAGCAUUUGAUCUGGUUAUUGAGAAGCUCACAACCGCUCCUGUUUUAGGGUUUGCAGAUCCAGAGAAACCUUAUGUGCUACACACCGAUGCAAGCGCCAUUGACCUUGGUGCUGUUUUGUAUCAAGAGCAGGAGGGGCAGCAACGGGUCAUUGCCUAUGCAAGUAGGGGGCUGUCACGGAGUGAGUCUCACUACCCAGCGCACAAGCUAGAAUUCCUGGCACUCAAGUGGUCAGUGACAGAGAAGUUUAGUGACUAUCUGUAUGGCAACCAUUUCACUGUAGUCACUGACAAUAAUCCUCUAACUUACUUACUGACAUCUGCAAAACUUGAUGCAACCAGCUAUAGAUGGCUUGCAGCUUUGUCAACCUUCACUUUCAAUCUUCUGUAUCGCCCUGGGAAGCAAAACGCUGAUGCAGAUGCAUUGUCCCGCAGAUCUCAUGGACCUCUUGUUGAUGACCAAAAAUCAUGAAAAGAGCGAGAACGCAUCUAUCAGUUUGCAAAGGGUCAUCUUUCUGAUCCUGGGAACAUUGAUGCAGCGGAUCAUGAUGUGGUGCAAGCCAUUUGUGAGAAACAACUUGUCUAUAGUGUCAGCAAUGUUGACCACAGCUGCCCCAGUGGUGUUGCUUUUGUUGAGGCUCUUGCUAUGUCCCCAGGAGCUGUGCCUGACAGCUAUGGGGAAGAGGAUAAACUUGGAGGAUUGCCAGUAAUUCCUCAUCUAACCGAGGCAGAGUUGAUGUUUAAGCAGCGGGCUGACCAGUGUCUCAAGCAUGUUAUACAUCAGAUCGAACAGGGAGUGAGUCCACCUCCAACUGUGAGGCAUGAGCUUCCAAAUCUUCCACUCCUGCUUCGAGAGCUAAGUCGCUUAGAACUCCUUGACAUCUUGUACAGAAAGCGCCAAGUAGGGUCUCAAACACUGCACCAGCUUGUGUUGCCAGUUGAACUCCGGGAGACCGUCUUGACCAACCUGCAUCACCACAUGGGUCACAUGGGGAUUGACCGCACGUUAGAUCUUGUGCGUACUCUGUUUUACUGGCCAAGAAUGGCUUUGGAUGUAGAGAGGAAAGUAAAGACUUGUGGCAGGUGUGUUCGCAGAAAGGCCUUGCCUGAGAAAGCGGCACCCUUAGUCAAUAUUAACACCACACGACCCCUUGAGUUAGUCUGUAUGGAUUUUCUCUCACUUGAACCAGACAAAAGUGGGACCAAAGACAUCCUUGUGAUUACAGAUCACUUUACCAAGUUUGCGGUUGCUAUUCCAACGCCGAACCAGAAGGCCCGCACGGUUGCGAAAUGUCUUUGGGACAAUCUCAUUGUGCAUUACGGGUUCCCUGAGAAGUUACACAGCGAUCAGGGACAAGACUUUGAAUCACACACUAUAAAGGAGCUCUGUCAGAUGGCUAACAUACAUAAGGGGAGGACUACUCCAUACCAUCCCCGGGGUAAUCCUGUGGAGCGAUUUAAUCGCACCUUGUUGGAUAUGUUAGGCACUCUUCAAGAACAGGAGAAAUCUCACUGGCGUGAUUUUGUAAAACCUUUGGUACACGCCUACAAUUGCACCAAGAAUGAGGUGACAGGAUUCACGCCUUACGAGCUAAUGUUUGGCCGUCAGCCCCGCUUGCCGGUUGACUUGGCAUUUGGGUUACCUGUGAAAGGGGGGCAACACACAUCACACUCCCAAUGUGUGCAAAACCUCAAGUCCCAUCUUGAAGAGAGCUACAGGCUAGCCAUAGGUAAUGCUGCCAAGGUAGCAGAAAAGAAUAAAACCAGAUUUGACAAACGUGUAACUGCUUCAGAUUUAGAAGCUGGUGAUCGAGUGCUGCUCAGGAAUGUUCGUCUUCGAGGGAAGCAUAAGAUUAUGGACAAGUGGGAGUCCACUGUCUAUGUAGUGGUAAAAAGGGCUGGAACCCUCCCAGUUUACACCAUUAGACCUGAAAACAGGGACGGUCCACUCAGAACCCUACAUAGGGACCUAUUACUCCCUUGUGGCUACCUCAUUCCCGAAACCAGUAAUGAGCCUGUUAAGCAGUCCCAAAGAUGCAGACCUGCAACACGUCUCAGUCCUGCUGCAGAUGUAGAGCAGUUCUCAGAAGAGGACGAGGAUGGAACGUGUUGGUUCAGUGAAUCCCCCAGUGCCGAAAUCUCCAGGUUCUUGGCAGUCAAUAAUGUUCCAGUGCAAUCAGGUCCGGUUAUGUCUGAGGUGCAAGAUACACCCCAUGCUGAGCCUUCAGAGUACUAUUUUCCUGUUGAGACUCCUGUGACUUCACAAGAUACUGAACCCAUUUCAGAGACUGCCCAUUUGAAUGACUUACCUGGUGUUGUUCCAAGCCCAGAGACACUUGCAUUGUCUAACGAUAAUGACAAUGAACACUUACUCCUUGACGGAAUCCCACCAGUAGAACUAUUGACUGAAAGGGUGGUGUCUCUGAGUGACUGCCAUGACUUAAGUUCUGAGAGUCCUCCAGUUAUUACUAACUUGUCUGACACUAUUGGGGGGAAGGGCCAGGCUGAGACUGACUUAGUAGAUAAGCCUCGCAUCCUUGAGCCUUGUGAUCAAGAGUCAGAAAACCAGUCGCAGCCUUGCAGUGAAAAUCAGCCUAGUUCUGUCCGAUGUUCAGUUAGGAAUAGGCAGCAGCCUAGCAGACUCCAGUAUGUGAAACCUGGAAACCCAUUGAUAGCUGUUGUGCAGUCUCUGUUCCAGGGUCUAACCACAGCAUUUACUGACGUUUUAAGUGAGACUGAGCACUUCCACUCUGGGCAGUCCCAUCAAGCAGUAAUUGCCCAACCACUGCCAUGCAACGGGACGUGCAUGAGUUUAGGGGGGGAAGAUGUAGCCCACAUUAUUAAACCAGUGAGCACAUAUUGAGAGAAAGGGAUAAUGUAGACUUUGACAUGCUGUUACGUUUCUAGCCAGUAGGGGGAGGUACCAGUCAUCUAACUCACCUACUCUGUGUCAAGCGUCAUUACCUGUCUACAUUCGGUCCGCCAUUUUAGAUCACUCGAGCUAGACGCAUGCUCUCGGUUUUGGUCAGAUCAUAAUCUUAGUAGAUGAGUGAAGUAAUCCUGCUGACCUGUUGAAAGGUGCAGGGAUUUUUACGGAUCAACGGUGGAAGGCUGCUACAGCCUCUCUUCUCCUACAUCGCCAAGGGGGGGGGCCUGGCUGAUCCAGCUUCCUUCUCUAUCCAACCCACAACCGGAGGUCAGAGGUGCAGCUCCCAGCUCACCCCUCUCAAGGAAAUCUCCUCGCCCUUCAAGCUCUACAAAACUCCUCGUAGCGACACGAUGUCCUGCAGGAGAACUUCAACCAGCAUCUGAGCACACGGCUCGACAGAAUCGCGAAUGCAGAACUCUACGACCACCAACCCAGGAGACGUCACAGAACUGCAACUGGACUGCAACUUCUUUUCCCCUUUCCCUCGGACUGGACAGCUGCAGGAGAGCAGCCCUGUCUGGAGUACAAGCAGGGGGCCACUCGCUGUCCCAAACCUUACUGCCUCGGUGCCUUCCCAUGAGUCUCAUUCAUCCUCAGGCUUUCUACAAAAAACACACACCCCCUCUGACGUCUGGGUUUUCCCAGAAAAGCUUUUUGAAGGUAGAGAUGGAAAAUAACAAGCGAAAGGAAAUUAUAAAAACUACACGAGGCUGAAAGGUCUCAGUCUGCACAAUUAUUUCCUCAAACAGUCCAAAUUGUACAAGCAACAAGCUCAGUGAGAAAAGAUAUGCAGCAUUUUCAUUACAGAGAAGUUGCCUCUUUCAAGCUCAGAAUGUAAGUUUGUUUCACUGAUUUCAAAAUCAACAUUCAAAGAACAGAUUUAUAUGUAUUAUCAGUUAGAGAUAGAGGUGAAUUAUAUUUUAAUAAGAUGUUUGCUGAACCUUCAUUUCCUCUGAUAACAUUUGCUUUGUUUCCUACCUCAGCACUAUUAGAAAUACUGUAAGAAAGGGUCAGUACCAGUAAAAAGAUCAAGCAGAUCAUAAUAUUGAGGUUGCUGUGAAGCUACGAUCAGCAUAAUUCUCACAGAUGACUGGAGUCAUCACAUUUUACAUGUUAUGUUCAUUAUAUGCCAGCAGUUGCAUGUUUAUUGAGAGCCGGUGCUCAGCGAACUGAUGUGUUAUGUGUCAUCUGAAGGUUUGUGGUGACGAAAACCAGGUGACUGAAGUAGGACAGUGAAGUACUCAAACAAAUGUUCAAAGUUUCUGGCUUCAUCGAAAUACCACCAAACUAGCUCCUGAUUGAUUUAAUUUUUGGGGGCCAACCAAAGAUGAUCUGAGAUGAACCUCUCCUCGUGUAUUUGGAGAUGGAUAAUCAUACUUCUCAAUUUCUCCCUCCAGCGUUCCCCUCUGCGCCCAGUCGUUUGCCUGUCCUACAGACAACUUGGCUACCUGACAGUCGAGCCAGUCUUCCUCAUUGACUCAAUGAGGAAGACAGUCUUCCUCAUUGGCUCAAACCUGACAGUGACCUGCCACGUCCAUAUCUGCGAGAAGAGGUCGAAAAUAAUCCUGGAUCUGAACAACGAGGCAGUGAAGGAUUGGAAGGAAGUCAACUGCAGCACGGCGAUCUUUAAUCUGACCAAUGUUCGGAUGCCACAAUCUUACAUGCUCUGCAAACUGAAAAAUCGUCAUGUUACUAGGAUUGUCAGUGGACUGGAUCUACAUGGCGGCCUACCACCACAUAAACCUAGAAAUGUUACUUGUGAAACGACGAGGGCCUCAGCCUUCAUCGACUGCUCGUGGAAGAGCGGAGCUAAAACAUACCUCUCUACUACCUACAACGUUUCAGUCUACAGAGGAAAUAGGACGCAGGUACAUUUAAAUCAAACCCAGGAGGCUGAAGAAAUCACAAUACCCCGAAGAAUUGUCGAUGGAAACACAAAAUACCAGUUGAUUAUCACGGCUUACAAUCACUUUGGAGCAUCACAGUCUGAUCCAUUCAUGCUGUGUGAGAAGGAUAUAGUGAUACCAGACACCCCUCAUAUUCUACACAUAGAGUUUGAGAACAGCUCCACAGCAGCAGUGCUGAAGUGGAAUACCUCGGAUUACUCGGUGACUCUCAGAUCGUACAUCAGGCUCCUCACAGACAGCGGCUCCUGGGAAGCCAGAGAGACAACAGAGCUCAGUGAGGGUUUGAUGAGAGUGGAUGACUUGAGGCCUCUGACUGAAUACGAGUUCCAGAUCAGGACGUGUAACUCGACAUCAGGACUGACGACCUCCAGCAAGCGGCCGUCCUGCAGCAGAUGGAGCUCGUCUGUGAUGGGGAGAAGUCCUGGAAAAGGUCCAUCUCAGGAGCUACACGUGUGGAGGACGUUCAGCAGCCAAUUGAUGGUGAUUGUUUUAUGGAAGCCUCCACAUCCAGACGACUACAGCGGUGUGGUUCAAGAAUACAAAAUCUUUUUUGACCAGAAAGAGGCAGCGACCUCUCCCGCGACUUCCAGUCAGAGGUCAGUUAUGAUACCAGCAGAGGUUCAGGCCCUGAGCGUCAGUGCUGUCACUUCAUAUGGGUCCACUCCAGCAGCUGAUGUGCCACUCACACACUCAGGUGUAUCUGGGCCUGUACUGAGAGAGCUGGCUCCUGCAGCUAACGGCAGCGCUGUGCUCGUCUCCUGGUCGUGGCCAGGGAACAAACACUGGUCCACAUCUGGAGGAGAACUGCGGCACUAUGUGGUGGAGUGGAUAAGUGUACCAGUGACACAGCUGCAGUGGAACAAGCUGGACAAAGAUCAGAACAGCACCUCCAUCACAGGUCUGACUGCAGGUGUGAGGUACAACAUCUCUGUGUACGCUGUGACCACUGGAGGUGUCAGUGCUCCAUCAUCCAGCCUCGUCUACUCCAAAGAACAGAGACCUGUGUCCGGUCCCAUCUUGUUGGUUCUGGUUCAUGAGUCCAGGCGGAUCCUGAUCCAAUGGGACAAGCUGCCUGUGGACCAGCGAAGGGGCUUUGUCAUAAACUACACCCUCUACGUCCAGUCACUGGACUCCAACCACACAACACUCAGGGUGGUGGUGUCUGGAUCUGGCCCCAGACAGAUGUGGCUGGAUUGUCCUGACGGAACUCUGGCUCUACAGCUGACUGCAUCCACCUCAGCAGGAGAAGGACCGGGAGGGAGCCAGAUUGUCUCCCAGCCUGCAGCUCCUGUAGCCGGCCUGGUGAUUGUGGUUGUUUUCAUCAUCACCCUCUUCAUAGCAAUCACAGCCAACCUGAUGUGCUGGAGCUGUGUGAGGGAAAGGAUCAAACAUAGGUGUCUUUCCUGGGGACCUGCCUGGCUUGUUGAAAACUUACCAAAACCAGAAAACAGUAAUGCCAUCAGACUCCUGGAGCAGGACAGAGGUGAACGGUUCCUCUUUUCCAGUGACAGUGACCCUCUGCUGUCGCCCAUCAGUUUGAUUUCCUGGGAGGAGAGGGACGACGUGUAUCCCGUCAUCCAUGUAGAAGGAUCCCACGUUGGAUUAGGACAAACCAUAGCGGAGACACCAUCACUACCAUCUGAUACUGGGACUGCGCUUGUUGAAAGGCAGAUGGAACAUGUCAGCUACAAACCUCAUAUUACUACUCUGGCUUCAAAAAAAGAGGAAGUGGAAGAGGAGCCAAAGGACGUACCAGUCAAUGUCGAGGAAGAAGUAUGUUUAAGUGAAUUUGGAGGACUACCCGGAGGCUUGCUUUCUAGUGUGGAAAUAGAUUACUCUGAUUCACCUCUGGAACCGACUCUCAGCUCUUUUGAUGGCAUUUUGAGGCCUAAAACUCCUAAAGCAACAGAUGUCUUGAGUGGAGGCUUCUCGACGGGGGAGAGGGGGACUGAGAGCGAGGCUGAAGUGGACUGUCCUUCCCUGGAGCUACACCAGGGUGUCGUCCACACUCCAGACAUGGCAGAAACUUGUUUUUCCCAGAAUACAGAGAUGAUGCUGAGUGGAGGUUACUUCCCUCAGGUCACUACACUCUGUGACACACAGAGUUAGCUGGAACAUGGGGAUGACACAAACAGGACACACUGCACUAAACUGACGUUCAAGAAAGCAUUACCCCUUCUCCUGAGAUGUGUGACUUUGUGAGAUCACUUGAAAACUAUCAUUGGUAAUUGUUAAAACCAAGUUAUUUAAUGAUAAACUUGUAUAAACUGAGUUUGUUUCAUGCCCAUUAUCAUAAAUGUUUGGCUGUGGUUAUGUUUGUACCAUCUUUUACAAAGAAUACUUUAUAUAACACUUUGAUACAAACAAAAUAACCUAAAGUGCCACAAAGUGCUUCACAUAAAAACAACCCCAAAAAGAACAUACAAACACACACACACACACACACACACACACACACAAUGAAUAGUUACUGAAGUGCUACUAAGAGUAAUAAUUAUUUCAGUGGUGUUAGCAGAAUGGCCUUAUGGAUGGCGAUUUUGAUGGGUCUCUUUGUUUGUGUGUUUGUUUGUAUUGUUUAACAUUCAUUGUUUUCAGAUGAUAUACCCUGAGGAUUUGAUGACCUGUGACUUUUGUGGCCAAGACAUCCGUGAGAUUGGAUUUUUAUGCAAAUGUUCAUGCACCACUCAGGAAGAAUUUUAAUAUAUGUUGUCAUCCUCUGACUUUUCCUCAUCCUUCGUCAAAAGAUAAAAAAAAAGAAAAACAUUUAUCCAUCUAUCACAACCUGCUCUGUCUGGUGGUGGGAUAUAAUAUAGUAUAUUUACGUUCCCAAUGUACUGCAUUUUUAUGUACCUGUACUUUACUUAAGUAGAUUUAUUCUGUUACCUUUCCCUUUUACUAGCUUUAUCUAUAUAUCUCUAUAGCAAAUAUCUGUACUUUCUAUCUUUACAAAGCAUUGGGUUACAUUUUCGCAUUGUAUUUUAUAUUUUUAAAAGUGAGAAAUGACAUGAUUCAUUCAAAAAUACAUUCCUUCUAUAAGGUACUGUACCCUGUAUCUACUGUACCCACAUACCCACAUUUUUUUUCUUUCCUUUUCUGUCGUGUCUGAGCAGUUCUGUAUGUUUCGUGUUAUGAGAAAAUGUAAUAAAAAAUAUUAUUAUAAAAAAAAAAAAAUUAAAAAAAAGUGAGAAAUGAGAGCAAAGUAAACCUGCAACAGAAGCAUCACUGGUGACACAUCUACAAUGUAUUUGGAAAAGGUAGAGGCUAAGGCAUAAUGCUAUUUGCAUCAGGGAAUAAGUCACACUCUGCAAGAAGAUUCAGUUUUAAUACUUUAAACGUUUACUCAAGUAGAAAAGUUAAUGGGAUAAUUUUACUUUGGUACAUUUUUGUGUAUUAUUUCUUCUUUUACUGAAGUUAAAUCCUUGAGCACUUCCUCCACCACUGCUCUCUUUAUACCACCCUCUAUCUUUAAAAUUGACUGAACCUUGAUAAAUUAUAUAAUAUGAAAUGAUAACUAAUCAUCAUUUACAUGUCUGUGCCAAGUCCCGUAUUAUCGGCUGAAGAUGUUUCUCUCGUUCCGAUUGAGAGUGAUGGUGACCUCUGCUGUGUCUAAUACGAGACAACAGUGAAGUGUGAAAUUACUCGAAAACUUCAGUUGGGGUUUUGGCUGUUACCUAGUCUCUGUGUGAGGUUUGAACAACCUGCUUCUGGUGUGUAUGUUUCUACUCACACAAGCACCCUCGGCAGUUAACACCUUAUUUUUAGGACUUCCUGAGAGUUAUCUCACUUCCUCAUUGGCAAUUCAAUUUUCAGGAGGGUCUCUCCUUUGUCAGAGCACUUCAGCAGUAAGAAAUCUCUCACUUUAUAAAUGUCUUAUGUCAAACAGCUCUUACUGAGCCUUGCAUUGUGAAUAAGUAUGGUACAGUGACAGGGGAAAGUCCUCCUCUGCAGCACGUGUGGAUGUGACUGACGAAGUGAGACUUUGGUCUGUGUGGAAAUUGAUGUGCUGUGUUGUUGUAACUUUGACGGGUUCAUUUUUAAAACAACCAAUCUGAGGAGUUAUGUCAUGUUCAGUUCUCUCAACCUCUGAAUGGGAUUUUAAGACCACACCUGCAUCUGCAUUGUGUGUGGUGUUGAUUUGUGUGUAUAUGUGUCUAAUGUCAAAUAUAUGCCAACAAUAAAAGAAAAGAUGCAAGAUAACAAAA